UUCAGAAGAGUUCAGCAGCUUCGGAGUUCGGAGUUCGGAGCAGACGGAUCAUGAGUGUCUCCUGUUUGUUUGUUUAGAUUUUUGCAACAACAAUGGAAUGCGUAGUGGCAAAUGUCGAACACAUGCGAUUUGACAUUGAAAUUGCUCUUGAUGAGCAAUAUGGAGCUCUUCCAUUACCUUUCACCGGCAUGGACAAAUCAAUUGCUGCAGUAUGUCAAUUUUACCCAAGAGGUACUUGUAGUAAAGGAGGAUCAUGUCCAUUCAGACAUGUUCGUGGUGAUCGCACAAUAGUAUGUAAACAUUGGUUAAGAGGUCUUUGUAAAAAGGGUGAUCAAUGUGAAUUUCUGCACGAAUAUGACAUGACAAAAAUGCCGGAAUGUUAUUUUUAUUCUAGAUUCAAUGCAUGUCACAAUAAGGAGUGUCCUUUCUUACACAUUGACCCUGAGACAAAAGUCAGAGAUUGUCCAUGGUACGAUCGUGGUUUCUGUAGGCAUGGCCCCUUGUGUAGACAUCGACAUGUCAGACGUGUUCUCUGUAUGGCUUACUUGGCUGGUUUUUGUCCAGAAGGACCAAAUUGCAAAUUUAUGCAUCCAAGGUUUGAAUUACCAGCGGUACAAGACAUGCAACCAAAGGAAGGCAAAAAGGUGAUGAUCACCUGUCAUUUCUGUGGAGAAGGCGGUCACAAGGCAAUUUAUUGCAAUAAAAUGCCACCCGAUGUACGAGAAGCUCAAGUCAGACAAGAUGCCGAUAAUAAUUCUCAUGCAUCACAUCAUCAUAUGAAUAUGCACAAUGGACCGCCGCCACCACGAGGACCACAAAAACCGCUCGAAGAAGUAACGUGCUACAAGUGUGGACAGAAAGGUCAUUAUGCCAAUAAAUGUCCAAAAGGACAUUUAGCAUUUUUGAGUCAUGCAGGUAGUGGAAGUGGCGGUCAAAAUCAGAAUUAUCGAAGAUGAUUUUCUUUGUUUUAUUUAUGUAACAUGAAUAUUGUGAUGCUACUUUAUCUCAUUAUUAAUUAUCUAUAAAAAUUUGGGUCUCAUAUACAAUAAAAUAAUUUCAUAUCUAA